GGUGUUGUCUCGCAGGAUUGUGGGAUCAAGGCGGAGUCGUGUGGAAGUGCGUGGGCUUGGCUGUUUCGUAUCCGUGCUUGUGAACCCGAACCGAGCCUGGAUCUGGAUCUGUGUCUGCGAUGGGUUUCUCAUCAGCGACGACAGGAGUGCUGGUGGUCGCUGGGGUCCUGGUUCUCUCCACUUUGGGCUACUUUGUGGGGACCCUGAUCCUGGGCAAGAAGAAGAAGAGCCCGCUGACCCUGGCCGACCCGACCGUGAAAUACCAGCUGCGGCUCAUCGACAAGGAGGUGAUCAGCCACGACACCCGGAGGUUUCGCUUCGCCUUGCCCACUCCGAAACACAUCCUGGGGUUGCCUGUUGGAAAGCAUGUGUAUCUCUCUGCGCGGAUUGAUGGGAACCUCGUUGUCCGGCCGUACACCCCUGUGUCCAGUGACGAUGACAAGGGCUUUGUGGACCUCGUGGUGAAGGUCUACUUCAAGAACGUGCACCCCAAGUUCCCUGAGGGAGGCAAGAUGUCGCAGUACCUGGAGAGUCUGCAGGUCGGAGACGUGGUGGAUUUCAGAGGGCCUGGGGGACUGCUGGAGUACAUGGGGAAGGGGAACUUUGCUAUCCAGCCCGACAAGAAGACUCCAGCCGAGAUUAAGACAGCCAGAUCUGUGGGGCUGAUCGCUGGAGGGACAGGAAUCACCCCGAUGUUGCAGCUGGUCCGUGCUAUCAUGAAGGACCCCAGUGAUCAGACCACAUGCUACUUGCUGUUUGCCAACCAGACUGAAAAGGACAUUCUGCUUCGUGACGAGCUGGAAGAGUUACAAGCCAGGCACCCCGACCGUUUCAAACUGUGGCUCACUGUGGACCGGGCCCCUGAAGGCUGGGAGUACAGUCAGGGCUUUGUGAGCGCCGACAUGAUCCAGGAGCACCUGCCCCCUCCAGCCAGCGACACCCUGGUCCUGAUGUGCGGCCCCCCUCCCAUGAUCCAGUUCGCAUGCACCCCCAACCUGGACAAGCUGGGGUACCGCCAGGGGCAUCGCUUUGCCUACUAGAGGGACACGCGGCCCCCAGAGCUUCCUCUCUAGCGAGGCUCGGCACCCAGGCUUUCUGAAAGGAAUAGACAACGACUCCACAAAAUACAAGGGGGGGGGGGGGGGGGGGGGUUACGCUACAGUUAUAAAAGACGACCCUGAGAGAACUAACUAAAUAAUUAACAGUGCACUGAAAAGCAAGUGAAAUUGGGCCCAUGUGCAUUUAAUGGUAGGUUUGGAUUCGUUGAGCGCACUGCAGAUUUAAGAGGAGUUUUCCCGCCACAAUUCCAAGAUAAAACCAGUGGAAAGUAAGCAGGCAAGGCUGCAGCGCUGGUAUUGUAGGCUUGCGUCUCUUGGUUUUACCGCAGGGCUCUUGCAGUUUAACUGGGUUCUGGAGUGGGGUUUCUCUUCCUUUUAGAAAGUGUUGUUUGCACUAGAGAGGAAGCCUGGUAAUCUGACAGGGCUGCUUUUGUCAUAAUGCACUUCAAAACAUUUAAUCUGCCGAAAUUAUCCACACGUGGCUUUUCUGGGUGUGUGCGGACAGACACCCGCUGUAGCUGUAAUGCAAGUCGUGCCUUUUGAUGUGUCAUAGUUAACAUCCAAAGUGUGUGUGUUUCUACUAUAUGCAGAGGGACGCUGGUGUGUGUGUGUGUGUGUGUGUGUGUACUAUAUCCAGAGGGACGCUGGUGUGUGUGUACUAUAUCCAGAGGGACGCUGGUGUGUGUGUUUCUACUAUAUGCAGAGGGACGCUGGUGUGUGUGUGUGUGUGUUUCUACUAUAUGCAGAGGGGUGCUGCUGGGUAUGGUUGGGUUUGAAAUACUGUACAACUAUGAUAUGAGAGGAGUUUGAUUAAGUUCAAUCUAUUUUUUCCUAGAGAAUCUUCCUCAAUUUGCAGAUCUCAUUUCAAAUUCAAUGCAUUUACUUUGCAAUAAUAAUAAUAAUAAUAAUAAUAAUAAUAAUAAUAAUGAUAAUAAUAAUAACAAGCCUUGUUAUUGAACCAUCAAUAAGGAAGUACUUGGGUGUAAGUGGGAUGAUUUCAUAGUUUGCUUUGUGUCUUUCAUUAAAACGCUUUGAGAAUCAGCAGCGACGCUGCACGAAAGGUGUUCGUUUCUCGUCAUUGUUUGUGUCGAGGCUGCAGGGCAACAGCUGGAAACACUGUUGCAUCCGUUUCGUUACGAUCUGAUCUCGUCAACAUGAUCUGCAAUGAUUGCACUGCUGGGGUCCGCUGCAGCCAGGGAAUGCGUGUCAUUCGCAGAAUGCACUAAUAAAUUACUCUGCGUGCACAACUGA